AGAUUCUUGUGCGCUACUCAGUUGGCUUUGCAGAAGCAGCAGCGAAGGCAGCGAGCUACCAGGCAGUAACGAGUCUCGUGCGUCUCCGCACGCCCAGCCCUGCGAUGCUUCCACGCGGCAAAGAGUCUAAAACAUUUCCGACUUGCUACCCAUGACAGCAGACUUCAAGGAUGGUGCAGAAGUCCCGCAACGGCGGCGUUUAUCCGGGUCCAGCCGGGGAGAAAAAGCUCAAAGUCGGCUUUGUUGGACUGGAUCCCGCUGCUGCCGACUCAAACAGAGACGGGGCACUGCUCAUAGCAGGUUCGGAAGCGACGAAACGGGGCAGCAUUUUAAGUAAACCCAGAUCCAGCAUCUCCGUUUCCGGGAGGCCACCCAAGACCAAGAGAAAAGCCUUCUAUAGAAAACUACAAAAUUUCCUUUACAAUGUCCUGGAAAGACCGAGGGGAUGGGCGUUUAUAUACCACGCUUAUGUCUUUCUGUUGGUGUUCUCCUGCCUGGUCCUCUCUGUCUUCUCCACCAUACCGGAGUACGAGAAGAGCUCGGAAGACGCCUUGUACAUCCUGGAAAUCGUGACCAUCGUGGUGUUCGGGGUGGAGUACAUCGUGAGGAUCUGGGCCGCGGGGUGCUGCUGCCGCUACCGCGGGUGGAGGGGCAGGCUGAAGUUCGCCCGCAAGCCCUUCUGCGUGAUCGACAUCAUGGUGCUGAUAGCCUCCAUCUCGGUCCUGGCGGCGGGCACCCAGGGGAACGUCUUCGCCACCUCCGCCAUCAGGAGCCUGCGGUUCCUGCAGAUCCUGCGGAUGAUUCGAAUGGACCGGCGGGGCGGGACCUGGAAGCUGCUGGGAUCGGUGGUCUACGCGCACAGCAAGGAGCUGAUAACAGCCUGGUACAUCGGCUUUCUCUGCCUCAUCCUGGCCUCCUUCCUGGUUUAUCUGGCCGAGAAAGAAGACAACCAGGAGUUUGCAACCUACGCGGAUGCACUGUGGUGGGGACUGAUCACUCUGACUACAAUAGGAUAUGGCGAUAAAUACCCGAUCACGUGGAACGGACGGCUUCUCGCGGCCACCUUCACCCUCAUCGGCGUGUCUUUUUUCGCACUUCCAGCGGGAAUCCUGGGCUCUGGGUUUGCCCUCAAGGUCCAAGAGCAACACAGGCAAAAGCACUUUGAGAAGCGCCGCAAUCCUGCUGCCGGUCUGAUACAGGCUGCAUGGAGGUUUUAUGCCACCAACCUCACACGAACAGACCUUCUGUCCACCUGGGAUUACUACGAGCGAACUGUGUCAGUGCCCAUGUACAGACUCAUUCCUCCCCUGAACCAGCUGGACCUCCUGCGCAAUCUGAAGAGCAAAUCGGGACUGUCCUUCAGGAAGGAAUCUCAGCCAGAGCCCUCACCCAGCGGUCAGAAGGUGAGCUUGAAGGAGAGGGUGUUCUCCAGCCCCCGCGGCUCUAGCACCAAGGGGAAGAGCUCCCCCCAGGGGCCGGGACAGGGAAUGCACAGGACCCCCAGCGCCGAGAACAUCAUGGAGGAGAGCCCCAGCAAAGUGCCCAAGAGCUGGAGCUUCACCGAGCGCAACCGCGCACGACAGGCCUUCCGAAUGAAGGGCAGCGCGUCCCGGCAGAACUCAGAAGUGCUGAUUGAGAUGCAGGAUGAAGAUUUGAAAACGAAGAGCUCUCCAGCAAUUGAGGGGUUGAUCAAGGCCAGCCUGCCGGGGGACGACAUCGUGGACGACAAUAAGAGCUGCCACUGUGAGUUUGUGGCACAGGAUUUAACACCGGGACUGAAGGUCACAAUCAGGGCCGUGUGCGUUAUGAAAUUCAUGGUGGCUAAGAGAAAGUUCAAGGAGAGCCUGAGACCGUACGACGUGAUGGACGUCAUUGAGCAGUAUUCGGCCGGUCAUCUGGACAUGCUGUCCCGGAUCAAAAACCUGCAGUCCAGGAUAGACAUGAUCGUGGGCCCUCCCCUCUCAACUCCCCGUCAUAAGAAGUAUUCCUCCACCAAGGGACCCAAAGAGUCACCCCAGUACCCUCCUAGGGUCGACCAGAUUGUGGGCAGGGGUGCCCCGGUGACAGAUAAGGACCGCCCCAAAACUGCAGUGGAGGGGGAAGCCGCCGAGGACCCAAGCAUGAUGGGAAGACUGCUGAAAGUGGAGAAACAGGUGAUGUCCAUGGAGAGGAAAUUGGACUUCUUGGUGAACAUCUACAUCCAACGCAUGGGGAUCCCCCAGUCAGAGACCGACGCCUUCUUCGGGUCCAAAGAGCCGGAUCCGGCGCCACCGUACCACAGCCCCGUGGAGAACCGGGGGCCGAUAGACAAGAACGGCCUGGUGGCCAAGAUGGUCCGCUCGGGCAGCUUGGCGGGCCAGAAGAACAACGAGCCGCCCCUGCCGCCCGCCAUGUCCGCCCCGGGCCACUGCCCCCCCUCCACCUCCUGGCACCAGCACUCCGCUGGAGAGCCCCGCCCCCGCAGCCAGGACAACUCUCCGCCGAGCGGGGGCAACGACCCGUCGCUGGUGCGAAUCCCGCCCCCGCCCGCCAACGAGCGCUCGGCGGGCGGGCACAACGGGGGGAGCCACCGCGGGGGCAGCGGCCUGGACCUGCGUCUGGAGCUCCUCCAGCGGGACAGCGACACGUCCGUCUCCAUCCCGUCCGUGGACCACGAGGAGCUGGAGCGCUCCUUCAGCGGCUUCAGCAUAUCCCAGUCCCGCGACAACGGCGACUUCCCGGUCGGCCCCACCUACUUCGGGGGCGGCGCCCUCUGCGCCAAGGUCCGCCCCUACAUCGCCGAGGGCGAGUCGGACACGGACUCCGACCUCUUUACCCCCUGCCCCCCCUCGCCGCACGUGGCGCCUGGGGACAGCUUUUACGGAGACCGGGCCUGGCCAGGGUCCAAGUGAGCCUGAAAGUUAUGCUAGGUUGUGCGUCAGUCCAACCGGUGAGCGCCAAAACAUCGCUGUGAUAAUCAGGCCGGAAUCACACCCAGUUGGCUAUUUAAUAACCGGGAGUGUUAAGGCUAGCCUGACUAAAGGCAUGUUUAUAUAUACAAGUUCUCCCACAUCGUUCUUCUGCCGGCAAGAGUAAUUCAUGACAUAAUUCUGGAGCAUUUUCUAGAGUGAGAAUUGGGAAAAAUCUAUUUUGAAUAUGACUGACAGGAUGCUAGAUAUGUUCAUGAGUUCUACCAACCGUUAUUAUCAUUAUUGCUUUGACCUUCAGCUGUGCAAAGCAACAUUCAAAUCUCAAAUGCAUAUCUCGUACAUUGAUGAUGUAUGAAUAGCUCAUAUUCAGACUUCAUUUCUGAAUAUGACGGACUUAGACACAGGAGCAAACUGAAAGGGAACUUCCAUUGUGCUGUACAUUUACACAGCAUAACAUGACAGGCUCUGCAGGAAUGACCCGGCCGUGGUUGCUUUGCAUGUUGAUCAAAGCAUGCCUUUAAAAAGAAUGCUUUAGAAGUUUGUUCAACCAAUAUCAGUGCAGAGGCAGUGAAUUGUAUAACUAGAAAACGCUUAAAGCACUCCAACAACAAAAUAUCCGAGACACGAAGCUACUGGAUGGUUUUGAAAAUAAAGAAAUUAACCGAAGCAAUGUAUAACCUCUUGAAGCCAUUUUAUAGGCCGGUAAAUAGGCAUAAACAUCUACAGGAUACUCUGUAUCUGUAUAAAAUAUGACAAAUUUCAAAGUUUGUAUACGAUUACUAAUAUUCAUUUGGGUCAAACUAACACAUAUUUAAAAGAGGAGAAUGUGAAUUGAUGCUCAGUUUCAUUUGUUUGGAUGAUGUGUUCUACAUGAAACCAAAAAGAAUUACUUUGCAUGGUACCCACUGAUUUGAUUUCAAGCAAUACUGAAAAGGUUUGGUAAGAAAAACAGAACAAAAAAAAAUAUAUAUAUAUAUACACAAUACAAAAAAUACAUAUAUAUUUUAUCUCAGUCUUUUUUUAUAAAUAGAUUAUAUUUAUAGAGAAGUUAAAUAGGAGAUUAAUAAAUGCACUGCUGUUGCUGAGGGUUUUAAAGAAGUUCAUUAGUUAAUAAAAUUCCUUUGUGUUAAUUUUGCAUUGAAAUAAUAUCUCACCCAUGGUGGCAUGACACUGCAUAGUGAUUAAUU